AUGCUGUAUCUUUUCACUCUUGCUUUGUUAUUCCGUGUUUCUACUGCGGAAUGUCCCUUCAACUCUGAGUUUUGCCAUUGGCAAAUACAACAGCCAUGGCGAGUUGUCACUGAAGCCCUUUUACCUUCUCCACUGAAUCUCCCACCCACAUCUCUCAAAUCAGACGGCGAGUUUCUAUUGGCCCAGGGAUAUUAUGGCAUCAAUAGUUCAGGAACUGUUGUGAGUCCCUUGCUAGAAGGAUUCGUUGGGAAUAGGGUCCUCACAUUUAGUUAUUCAAAAACGGGAGGAGCAGCAGUUUUACAAGUACAAAUAAAGGAAGGGCUUGAGUUUCGAACACUCCAGACCAUUGAUACACCUUCCUUACAAACGUGGUCUAAGAGUUCAACGAUAGUUCCUGAUACCCCUCAAAUUCAUCAAAUUGUUUUCCGAAUUACCUCUGUUACGGAUGGUUUUGAUGCGCUGGCGAUUGAUGACGUUCGUUUAGCUUCAGUGAAUGGAAAAGUUAUAAGUCCGGAAAGCACCUCUAACAUCAACAUACUCUCCGGAGACUCUUUCGCCGAUCGCGAUAUAAGGAGAUCUCCUUCAGGUUCCUUGCAUGACAAUCUAAUUGAAAAUACCAAUGAGUACCAUUUAGAUAAAAGCCAUCAAAGUAUUUGUAGAGCGAUAAAAUGCCAAUUUCAAGGGAAUUCUUGCUAUUGGAAUUCUAUUGGUUUCAAAUCUUUAGAGGACAAAGUCAUCUCUGAGAAUGCUGAAGGAGUGUUAACAAGUGAACCUGUUCUACUACCCAUCAACUCACAUCUUCAAAUAAGUAUUUUUUCGAGUGAUUCUUCUCUAUUAUCCAUUUAUCAAAAAAUUGGUUCUGAAGAAGUUCUAUUAUGGUCUCAAGGUGGUGUUCCUUUACCCGGAUGGAACAGUUUCAGAAUACCAAUCAAAUAUGUCUCUUUACCUUCGCAUUUUGUAAUUCGGUCAACAUCUUCAUCUGGAAAUUUUUUAGCCAUAUCUCAAACAAAUUUGGUUGACGAAAAAGGACGAGAUCUUGCAUGUGGACUUAAUACACCUGCUAUCAAACCACAUCGGGAUGGUACUGUACGUCUCACAGCCCUUCAGCAAAUUCACGAUGAUAGCCCAGUGAACUCGAAAAUUGGCCCUCCUCCUCCCAUGUUCCUUAAUUCUUUGAAACAGAAAGCCACUUCACUACCAGUGAUGAACUUACCGAACACACCUGAGCCAAGCCCUAUUCCAAUUUUUCGGACGAGUGAAAUUGCUCGAUCUAAUUUUGCUGUAGCUCCCAUUGCUCCUGCGAUAAUCAGUUCUUCUGCUCAUGAGCCGAUACGUUUCAAUUCAUCGGUUAUAAAAGCUUCGCCAACAAUUACAGAGAAGCUUUCGAGUUUUGGAACACCAACAGAGAAACCAUUAAUUGCUCAAACAACGAGUUCUUUGAGUGGUAUUCUUUCCGCCGCUGCUGGUCGCCCAAUCAGUUCUGAAGAAGUUUCAGUGCUGAAAGAUUUAGCGAAGCGUUUCGGAAUAACGGAACUAUCUCCAUCUCAAUUGACCCGUCUUAUUAUGACUGGUAAAAAGUUCAAUAGUUUUUCCGGAAUCUUAUCAGACGUUUCUCUCACGACCCCAACACCGGAAGGGGCUGGCUUGCCUAUUUCAGCAGUUACUAACAAUUUAAGUAGCUUAAUAUCAUCUAUGCCGAAAGAACAUCUUCAGAUGCUCAAUCACUUACCGCCUAAUUUACAUGAUGCGAUCACUUCAAAGCUGGGCAAAUUUAUAGAAAAUACACCCAAGAACGAGAACCGACAUUUUGCCCGUAAUGUGGAUUAUGCCGUUCAACGUGCUUUCAAUGAUUACAUUGUUAAUUCCAGGCCGUAA